AUGCUCCCCCAAAGGGUAGUCUUCUAUCGCCAUGCGCACGAUCAGUUAAAAUUGUUUUUUCAAAUAUGUGCAUCCUAUGAAAAUGGUAACAUAAGAACAGGGGGUAACGCCUUCAGUUCCAUGGUCGGGAAAUACAACAAAAGUGAAAAGAAGAAAUUUAUCAUCUCGUCAUGUAAAACCUCGACGGAGUUUAGGUAUGGCAAUCGUGGGAAACAGAAAGGGGGAAAAACAGCGAAUCGAACAAGUCCGCAAAGUAGCAACAAUUUUUACCUGAACAAAAUAACACACAUACAUAAUGGGAAAAAAAAAUUAUGCGAUAGAAACGAAAAGACAGAAAUUGUGCAUGUCACUAAAAUAAGCAAUAGCUACAUAAGAUACAUUUUGCCCAAACAGGGUCUGCAUUAUUUGUACACAUACCAAUAUGCUUUGAUUGAGCUACUAAACCGGUGUAAUAACAUCUUAAUCAGUUUGCUGUACUCUGACUGCAUGAUAUCUUACGUGGUUUAUUCAUUUUACAAAAUAAAUGCCGAUAAUGUAGAUGCACAGGAGGGAGUAGCAACGUCUAACGGGGAGACAGACAACACGUUUGCGCCAGAAGAUAAGAUAAAGAAGAGGCGAAAAAAAAAUAAUUUCGUAUGCCCGGACAAGUCCGUACUCAUCGUGGCCUCAUCACAGGCACAAACGUCCGCUCUGCAUGAAACGAUAAUAAAAUUGAAACCUCCAGAUGUGUCAACCUACUUAAUAAAUAACGAAAAGAACAUUGAAACUGUGCGAUGCAAUUAUUUUCUAUACAAUAUAAUAAUUUUGAAUGCAGAAAGCUUCUCCCCCAAGUACGACUUUUCCGUUUUGCUAGAGCUUGUGAACUUUAUUAUAAUUGAUGACCUGAGCGAGCUGUAUCAGUUAAAAAUGGACAAUACGGUGAAAAGGAUUUUAACACUAUGUAAGGAAAAGCAGGACAGGGGGGACGCUGUGCAAAUUUUGCUGGUAAAUAAAUCGCAUGAUCAAUGGGUAGUGAAUGACUUGCUGCAACAUGCUCGGAGUGUAAAUUAUGAGGUUUGUGCGGAGGGAGACGGGCGUGCGGUUGACCCGAUUCACACGGUUGACACGGUUAAUGCACUUAGGAUGUUUGACCAGCGUAGAUCUGGGAGUACUUUGCUCGAAGAAGAACAAGGGAGAUACCCCCCAGGGAAAAAGACACACAGCCGCGGUAGAACCACCGCAGAAGGUGUGGCCUCACGGUGGGGAACAACCCUCCACUACGUCAACCUACGGAGGUACAGAAAGAACAACUGUGAUCAUUUCAGCAUUUGCGCCCCCAUGAGUGAAGACAAAAAAUUUCUAGUUCUGUUUUACCUUCUAAACAAGAACAAAGGUAAGAAGAUAUUAAUUUAUUACAAUAAGAGUGAUGUGUACGCGUUUUAUGGAUUUGUCAAUGCGUACAUCCCUUGCGUAUUCGUGUCGAGUUCGCACAAGGAUCACUACAAGAAUAGCAUAGUGAGGACGUUCAACAAGACGGGGGAAUAUGUGCUAAUCACGGACGACAUGAGCAUAAAGAAGGCUUACCCCGUCGAUGCGCAUGUGCAUAUACACUACACCUUCCAAGAGGACGCUAAUUUGUACGUGGACGCGUUGUUCGAGGGGAUUCCGGGAGAGGCGCACGGGGUUGGAGGUAGCGGUGUUGCAGUUAGCGACGUGGUUGGCAGUGGCCACUCCGCAGGCAUUCCCGCCCCCGUUGCGGUGACCCAGUCCAUCCUGUUCUACAGCAAAAAGCAGCGCAAGAAGUACGAAGAGAUUAACGCGAUUUUUAAUUUCAAGAGCUACCCCCUGCCGCCCGCCAAAGAGCUCAAAGAUAAUUUCCUCACCUUUAUGAUUGACGAAAUUAAGGAGGUCGUCAUUGAAGACAAUAAACACCUGGAAGAGGCCAAAAAAAUAUAUGAAAAAUAUGGACAUGCCUUCCUCUCAGCUGCGUUAUAUUAUAUACAAAAAAAAAAAUUGUUUAAAAAAAAUUUUAAAAAAAAAGAUUUUUCCAAUGUGACUUUCAUUGUAGAGAGAAGCACACAUUUAAACACUAAGGCGAAAGUUUUAAUUUUUUUAAACGAUUUGUUGAAUUUAAAAAAAAAUGUUGGAGACAUCAAUUAUUUUGUUCAAAAUUAUAUGUACUGCAAGAGGGGAUAUAUUAUGACCGUGCCUGAGGACAUAUACAAUGUGAUGCACAAGAAUAAAAGUACCGGCGCGAAUGAGGGCAGGUGGGCACACGUACACAUGUACAUUCUUUACAAUAACUAUGAAAAUCGGUUCAGAACUACGCACCUCAGAAGGGGGGUAUACAAGUCGAAGAAAUCGCUCAGGAGACUCAAAAAACGAGUAAACAUGAAGAUCGAACGAGUUGAAAUGAACAAACUGAAGAACUGGAUGUCCUCCACGUUUAAGUUAAACAGGAGGAACGUAAAAAGGGAUGCUUCACCGGGGGUAACGGCGGGUCAGCCGACUUGA